GAAAAGACUCCAAAUAUGCCAUAUAUCAGAGUUCCUGGCCAUACCAUUCGCCUCCCCAUGAAGAUUGGCCUGACACUCAUGGCCAAUAAGGGGCCCAGUGUUCCACACAUAAUCAAACUCCUGGACUGGCAGGACAACCCGGAAUACUAUGUCAUGGUCUUGGAGCGGCCCAUGCCGAGCAUGAGCCUGUUUAGUUUCGUCAAGCUCCGACAAAGACUCAAAGAGGGGAUAGCACGACAUUUUAUGUGGCAGAUCAUUCAUGCCGCUAACAUUUGCUGCAAGCGUGGCGUCUUCCAUAGAGAUAUAAAAUUAGAAAUCCUCCUGGUGAACCCGGACACGUUGGAGGUCAAGUUGAUCGACUUUGGGUGCGGCACGCUCAUGAAGGACUCUGCCUACGUGACCUUCAAAGGUACAGAAAUGUUCUGUCCACCGGAGUUCAAUGUCAACGGCCGGUACUAUGCAAAGCCGGCGACAGUUUGGUCAUUAGGUAUCCUGUUGUUCGUGAUGGUGUGCGGGUAUUAUCCAGACGACAAAGACCUGCACAUGAUCAGUAAGAAUGAGUGGUCCAAACCUGACCUGUCACAAGAAUGCUGCCAGAUGAUUUGCCAUUGUCUGCAGCCGGAUCCCCAGCGGAGACUUGUUCUGGAGGAGAUGCAGCUCCAUGACUUAUUUAUGGUCGUGGAGUAA